ACUGCUGAGCGACCGUCUGCUCCUGCGGGCUGCUGCUGCUCUGGUUUCUGUCUCUGGAGCGGAAUAUUGAUCUGAACAGCUGUUUGGAGGAUCUGUGCCGUUAUUUGUAAAGCACGAUGGGCUGCGCUGGAUUCACCUGCUCCAAACACUCCCUUUGCGCGCUCAACAUCCUCUAUGUUAUGGUGAGCCUGCUCAUGAUCGGCAUCGCAGCAUGGGGAAAGUGGUUUGGUCUGGUCUCCAGUUUCCAGGUGGUGGGAGGUGUCAUCGGUGUGGGCGUCUUCCUCUUCUUUGUGGCCCUGGCCGGCCUCAUCGGGGCCAUGAAGCAUCACCAGGUCCUGCUCUUCUUCUACAUGAUCAUCCUGUUCAUGGUGUUUAUUGUGCAGUUCUCUGUUUCCACGGCCUGUUUGACCAUCAACAGAGAGCAACAGGACCAGCUGCUGGAGGUGGGCUGGAAUAAUUCUAAGAGCAGUCAGAGGGACGUGGAGAAGAGCCUCAACUGCUGCGGCUUCAAACAGGUGGACCCUGACCUCAGCUGUGACGCUGCUUGUUUCCCAAACCACUCGUGUCUGCCCUGCGCAGAGAAGAUCCAGGAGCAUGCUGGAGAGGUUCUCCGUUUUGUCGGAGGAAUCGGACUCUUUUUCAGCUUCACUGAGAUUCUGGGUGUGUGGCUCACAUAUCGCUACAGGAACCAGAAGGACCCCCGAGCCAACCCCAGUGCCUUCCUAUGAGACAGCAGCAUCUCGGGCCCCUCUGCACUGUCCCCUCACCACCUCUCUGGACCUGCUGUGGGCUUUCCCUGUAAAUACAACACUGACCUGUGUGUUUCCACUGACUGCUGCAGCAGUGCUGUUUGAAUGACAAGUGUUUGUUUUUUCAAGAGUGAAGUGUGUUCUGAAAAACAAGUGGCUGUGUGUGAAGCAACAGUACACAUGGUGUCUACAGUGUGACAGCUCUGCAGAAGAAAAGGGUCUGAAAAGCUGCACUUAGCACACUGAGCACCUGCAGGUGUAAAAAAGAGGCAAUAUUGUCUACAGCAGUCUGCUGUAUAUUCCAUAGGUAUUUAUGCAGCCUGCCUGAUGUUGAAUUUGAACACUGUUUGAUUCCUUUUGCUGUUGUUCGAACGCAAUGAUGUCAACUGCUUCUCUGCAUAUUGAGACCAUUACAUGAUUUUAAAAGUAUGAAUACUGUUUGUGUGUGUGUGUGUGUGUGUGUGUGUGUGUGUGUGUGUGUGUUGCUCCUUGCUGGGUUUAGUGUAUUUGGCCUUCUGCAUGACUCUUCUGCAAAUAUGAGCUGCUGUCUAAGAGCUGCUGUGCUGGUUGUUUCAAUCACCUGUCUGAGCCUUUGUACUGUAAACCGCAAUAAAUCAC